AUGGCCGAACAAACUGCGAUACGGAACGUAUUGACGUCAAAUUACAAUGGCCUUGUUCCAAUUGUUGCGGAGGGAAGCCUGUCGGACUUUGCAUUGCGCAAAGUUCACUACACGGCCUCCAAUCCCCUCAAAAAGGGUCUCUUCACUCCCGAUACAAGGCCGGCGAGUUUGCGCAACCUAUACGAUAGGGCGACCACAGACCGCCUCUCUGCGUCCAUCCUCGAGCAGUUGAGGCGCGACGCGCAAUAUUCGCAGUACCUGCUCUGCACUCCCGUCCUGAGCUCGAAGAGGAGACGCAUCUACCAGAAGGUGGACGUCGACAUCGAGACCCGAAUUCCGUCCGUUGUGGAACACUUGCGAAAAUGGACGUCGAAGGAAGCGGUCGGCGACAUUACGGCAAACCCAGACGCUUCGAUGCGUAUCGUGAGCAGUGUCACGCUAACACCAGAUGAACUCUCAGAAUGCGGCUCUGGGGAUGACGAGCCGAUAGACCACAGGCUGCCUAGUCCAGAGGAACAGCUUAGAGUGAUCGCUUCUAAGUUCCCUCCGCAACUCGUAGCCAUAGACACGUCGGGCAAAUUCUUCGAUAGAAUGUGCACAUCCCGUAAAUCUCUACACAUAGAGAACGGCGGCGGAGAGACCGAUACGGUGAAGCGACGCACACGAACGAGAAAACCACGGGGUAAAAGACGAAACACCAUAUCCGGCACUGAUCAGAAAGAGCUUAGAGAGGCUAUAGCUGGUGAUACGACAAAUGCUGUGGCUUCUGAAGAGACUGAAGAAAACAACACUGUCAUCAGAUCACGAUCUAGCGAUCUUCUGAAGAAGAGUCCCAUUGACCCAAUAACGAAGAAAGGGCAUUUUAAUAGUCUCAAACAAUGGGGCAAAAGCAGACUUAAACUUAUCGGCAGAUCACCGAGCGCCAGCAGGGAUAGUUUCAAAGAUUCCUCAAAAUUAGAGAAAAGCAGUGAUUCGAAAUCGCCACAGAGAGCUGAGGAAAGUCAGGUACAGGAAACGGUUACGAUGAGAAAGAAACGACAAGGUGACGAGGAAAGAAGGACCCAUCAAAGAUGUGCCUCAUACUCUUCUUCUGAGAAGAGCAUAGGAGUGCCGGCCAGCGUUCAGACCACGGCAACCAUCAAUAGUGGAGUUAAACUUCGAGGUACAUCGACGCAACGCAGGUUGAGGCGAACUGGAGCCGCGAAAGAUGAACCGCAUUCUUCCAGCGGCAACUGGUCGGCCAGUUCUGAAUCUGGGCGAACAAGCAUCGGAUCGGAAAUAACGUCAACCACUGUGCCACCUAAAAGUACGACUUCUGCAGCAACGUCUAAUAACUCUCUUAACGUACAUCACGGACCUCCUAGCUCCAUCAUAAGCAGGAGGAGAUUCCCUAACAAUUCCGGCUCCGGUAGCGUAACCAGUGAAGGCACCCUGACUCCGGAUAUAAUACACGACUUACAUGAGGAUUUGGAAACGAGCUCCGAGUUCUCCUGUGACACUGAAGGCUAUUACACGUCGUUCCAUAUGGAUUCGGGAUUGAAAACUUUGAAAGAGGAAGAAGUUUCACCGUGUACCCCCUUACACACUAGUACUGCUCUAUCGAGUUCAUCAAACAGUCAGAAUUUGACUGCAGAGAAUGAAUAUGAGUUGUUCGGCAAGGGGUCGACAAGCACAACCACUAGCUCAGCAGGUACUGUUUGCACGACCCUAAUGGCAGCUGGUAGCGAUCGAUCACUAGUAAUAGGACCCACCGUGCCUGAAAGAAAGAGUUCAUUAACUAAAAUGAAUAGAAGCAGAGGAAACAACAUUAACAGCGCAAACGCUAGCCUGGAUAGAAGUGCAAACUCAUCAUUCACCAAGUCCGCAUUCAGCAGUUUAAGAUACAAUCCCAUGAGACCAUAUAUGGAUAAUCAAGUGAACAACCAUUCCUCGCCUGAAAUAAGAACUUUACCGAACUCUACAAUCACCAUCACAAGAAACGUCGGUAAUCAGAGGAACAUAACAGCUGUCGCUGAAAUUCAUACGGAGACUGAUCUUGAAAGUGCAAAGAAAAGUACCGGUACAAGCUCUCCGGAUUCCGGCCAUAAUACAUCUAGUUCCCCAAUCGAAGAUUCAGUGUCGAGUGCUCAUGGUAAAAAUAGUCUUUCAGAACAAGAUUAUUCUGAAUCGUCGGAUCUCGAAGGCACUGAUAGAAUAGAAAGGAUACGUUACAAAACAACCAUAAACAGUUCCAGAAUUCCUUCUAUGUGUGUCAUUACUCCGAGCAAUUCCGACGAUGAAAGCGAAAAUAGUAAAGAUUCGGAAUCGAAUAAAAAGCAAGCUUCAGAUAAAUCUGCUGAAAGUAUAGCAAAGUCUGGAAGUCGACCGAAACUCGAUUUGCCAACAGACGAUAAAACUAAGGAGUGUAAAAAUAAUGUUGAAACGGCAAAGGUUGCUAAUAAACCUCAGAACUCGACCAAAACCUCCAGACAACCGUUUAAUAAUCUUAUGUGCAAGUUGAAAGGGGUCCUUCCUAAUAAACUAUCGAAUAAGAAAUCACCUGUAGCCAAAGAAGUUGAAAAUUUCUAUGAUUCCGGUGACUACGUUACUAUAGCUGACGUAAAAAAUAAUAAUCAGAAAAUGAGUAUAAACGGGGCCGCUUACGGAAAUAAUGACAUAGUCAGAAAGAAUUUACAAACCGUAUUGUCAGGAAAACUUCCUGAAACAGAAUAUGUAUCGCUAAACGAACUACCAAACUGUUUAAAUGAAAGCAAAGAUUUCGACACCGGUUUUGAAGAAAAACCACAACAAAACACUGCACUGGAAGAGAUUCAAAGAAAAGGAGCAAAAGUAACGCUGGACUCACACGGGCAAGUUAUUUAUUCGUCAGACACCUUGAAAAGGAGAAAAGGCGCGCACACGACAUUUGAACCAGGUCCUUUCGUCCAGGAAAUUUGUCCGACAACAUUGACUAUACAAAGAGAGAACGCUGACGUUGUACAAAUAACUGACGAGACUGAUUUCCCCUAUGAACCUCCCCCCCCAUCAAGCAAGCCCACGUCCCCGCAAUUAGGAAAAAUGAUAAUAAAGGCACCAAUAGAUCGUCACGGUCCGGUCACUACGGAAUUCGUUGCUUUACCAACACCAAAACCGAGCACAAUAAUAACUGCCACCCCUAUCACUGAAACUGGCAACGUUAUCGAACCGCAGACUAUUACAGUAACCAAAAAUAAUCAAGAUCUACCGCGAGUGGUAGAAGCUAUAACUAGAACUGGGGCUUAUGUAAAUAUUCACGAUGCGGAAGGUGUCAGCUUGUCUCCGACGAAAGAUGAUAAAGCAGGCUAUCGACAUUGCAGUGCUGACAAAGCCUUCACGUGUACAUCGCCAAAACUACAAGAUAGUGGACCGACCUUAGAUUUGAACGCAAUAAACCCAACUCUUCACCGACCGCAUACUGCAAAUCUUCGCGGUAAGCACGGCGUUGUUGAUUACGAAAAUGCAUUUAAAACAGGCCAGCCAAAAUAUUGGACGCUCCCUAAAAGAACACCGGUGGAUCAAAACUUCCAAAGGCCUCCGCUUCCUGAACAAAAAAGACCAAACGACUGUGUUACGCAAGCAGAUGUCCAUCUUGUAGUAGAACAACGAAGUAUGAAUAACAAUGGCGAUUCUGUAAAAGUUUCGCCCAUAGAUCCCCGAAACACUGGAACUUUUAAAUCCUCGACUCCAACUGCCAAGGAAAAUACAAUUGAUAUUAACUCCAAAUUAUUGUCCCCCGUGAGAUCUACUAUGACAAACGAGGAAUUGUAUGCCGUUAUUCAUAAGAGUAAAAAGAAACUAAAUAUUAAAGAAAUCCCCGAAAGGUCGGAGUCACCUGCUUUGUCUACGUUAAGCUUAUCACCCGUCAACUCGGAUACCUCGUUGUACAGUAAAGGUACGCAGCGUUAUCCAGAAACUGGUUAUCUAGGUGAUCCAAGAAGCAGGUGGUCAUUUACCGAUAGACAGCUUGAACCUUCUUCUACUCCCAAUAUUCUAAUCGGUAUACAAAAACCAGAGAGUACUACAUGCGCAGAUCGAUUUGGUCCAGUACCACAAACUUCUAGGCUCGACUUCAAAAAGCUGUUACUGCAACACAGCGUCAAACUUAAUACACUGAAUCCCCAAAGCAAAUCUAACAAGUUGUCUGCUGUUGAACAACUGAAACUUUCUAAAGAAAAAACACACGCGCCUAUGACGCCGCCCGGAAAUCGUUCGCAAAUUAAUAUACUCGACCUCAGCGGAUCUCCGAAAACGUAUAACCAUAGAAAGAUAAUGAAGUCUAAUAACCAGCCAGCGUCACCGGGCAGGGCUGGUGCUCUGAUAAAAGAACAUAAAAAUACGCAGAAAAUACUACUAUCGCCUAAAUCACAAUGGCGUUUCUCAAGUCCCAGAUCGGACGUCCUAUCGUCACCAAUACCCGAAGCCAACAAUGAGGACGAAAACUCAAACAGCUCAGGUGAGAAACAGGACACUUCGCCGAUCAACCCAUCCAAAACAGUACCAAUUGUCACUAAUCAACAUUUUGGCGCACGCAGGAAUUUAAUACCGAUUUCGGAGCGCACUCCCGAAGCGGAGAAUGAUUUCCCGCGAUCUAUUGAUCAUGGUGUGUUCCCGAUAAGUACCGAUCAAAAUAAAAGUCCAGUGCUAACACGAUCGGAAAUAAUGCAAGCGAAGCGAGCGGAAUUCUUCAACAGCUCACCCGAUUCGUCGCCGCCUAAGUUUACAUCCUUUAAAAGCCCCACUUCGGCUGGCCCGUCUGGUACUGAGAGGCCCGUCAGGGACGAGGCCUCGCCUGAAAGAGGAAAAACCUCGCCUACUACUUUAGAAACAGCAUUA